AUGAGUGCAUAUAUCAAUCCAUUAGGCUCUGAAUCAACUACAGCCAUACAGCCAAUCCCGUUGUUUGUAAUCAAAUCUAAGAUCAUAUCAGCACAACCAAAUUUGAAGCUUUUCAUUAAUUUAUCGCAUGCCAAAGAAAUACCAUUACCCAAGUCACCGUUCAGCCCAAAGACUACGUACAAUGAAAUAAUGAAUAAUCAAUGGGAAAUCCCCAUAAUCACUUCACCUUCACGUAUCGAGAAGGACAAAAAAGGAAAUAAGUGUACAGUGUACGAUUGCAUAAUUAAUAGUCAGUUAGUCGAUACGGUAUUGGAUGUGACGAACGUGAAUUUGAAACAAAUCUUGAUUGAAUGGUGUUUUGAGAGUAUAGAGAUUAUUGAUAAUGUAAUAAUUGAUAGAGAAAAUAUCAAGUUCCCCAAGUUGAAAUUUAAAUGUGAAGGUCAGGAUAAAUUACCUGAAUUGGAGGUCAGAAAUGAACAAUUCAUGGAAACUGAAAAGAAAAAUGAUGAUAUCCAAGAAUUCUUGCAAAUGAAAAGAGAUCUAAUUGAGAAAGAUGGUAUAGAUUCUGAUGAGUUGCCCGCAUUGUUCCCCUUGACUAGGAAUAAUAAUAACGGUGGCGACAAUGAAAUGCCCAAGAAUAAAGUUGUAAUAGAAGAUAUUACUAAUGAGUGGCAGAAAAUGAAACAGAAAUCUAAGAUUUCUGAAAAUGUGCAUGUAAUUAAGAAAGAUAUUAACUUUGUCGUUACAAUGAAGAAAAUUACAAAGGAAAAAAGUGCAUAUAAAUUGAAGAUCGAAAUUGAGUCAGAGAUUGAGUCAAGUUUAGAUUUAAAUGUGUCAUACAAUUUAAACGAUAAUGAAUUAUUAAUUGAAAAUUCCAAUACAAUUGAAUUUAACCCAAAGAGGCUGAACUUAUUACUACCGAAUUUUAUUAAAGAAUUAAAAUAUUCUUCAAAGGAUUUUAAAACGUAUUUCAUAAAGAGGGAAAAGAAAUUAUAUAUAUUUGUAUAA